CACUUAAUACAACUUAGUACAAGUUAAUUAAAAUAAAAAAUGAAUAAUCAAAGAGAAAAGCGGCUUAUACUUUUUACGGGGUAUUAUUAUUUAAAAAAAAAACAAAUGGCUAAAAAAAAUUGUGCUAAAAGACUUUGGGUUCACCCUUUGAUAGCCCAAAGGUCUUUAAAAGGUGCAUUUGCCACGAUGUUUUCUGAUCUCCGAGAGCACGAAGAUAAGUUUUUCAAUUAUUUCCGGAUGUCAAUCAAAAGUUUUGACGAACUAUUAUACAAACUAGAACACAAUUUAAAACGUUCAUAUUGUAUCAGAGUACCAAUAACUCCAGCAGAACGAUUGUGUGUAACAUUGAGGUAAGCUUGUUUUAAAUUUGAAUUACCUAUAUUUUAGUUUUGAUAAAAUAAUGUCAAGUUCUUUUUAAUUAACAUAUUCUAACUUAACACAAAUAAUGACGUUAGGUCUUAGGUCUAGCCGGCUUAGGUACCUACAUAAUGCAAUAAAAUAUUAAAAUAUUUAUUAUUAU